UGUUCCAUUUGCUUUCGUAUUUAUAGCGAUUGUCCUGGUUUUUGCAUUGCUUUCUCCUCUUCCCUCCGGAUUUCUUGAAUUGCGCCUCCCUGCCAGUUAGCGAUGUCGAGUUUCCAGGACCCUGCCUCCAACACUAUACGGUCUUUUCCACCGGAGUUGCCUCAGUCACCACGAUCUUCUUCAGCUUCUCGUCAGCCCUCUCCUCGCCUGCCACCGUCCCCUCGUUGCCUCGAUGGACGAACAGGUAUUCAACUUUGCGAGUAUCUACUUAACCUCUCAUUUAUACCUGGUAGGUGAAGACUUGGACAAGUGGUUCACGAAGUUCGAAACAACACUGGAGAACAUGGCUGUGGCCUCUGAAGAACCAAAAUUCAAGGAAGAGUUGGGCACUAUUGAGCAGUGGUUCAAGCUAUUGUCAGAGAGCGAGCAGACCGCCACUAUGUAUACACUGCUUCAGAACGCCAACCCUGGCCAAUUGCGUUUCUUAGUGGCUGUCCUUCAACAGAUGUUUGAAGCCAGUAACCCUUCACUCCCUGAAACCCCUGCGCAUCCAGGUUGGCAGCAACCGUCCCGAAAUAUGCGCCCCCCGAGUUUGAACUUACCCACUCCUGCCACAUCUGGCGCCACUACAUUUAACACUCCGGCGACGAGCCGGGAUCCAAUCAAUGGGAGCGUACAGACGUCUACGGCCGAGCAAGGCGCUCAGGAAAUCAUCGUCAAACCGACUGAUGAGAACAGCUGGGCAAGCAUGGUUAGCACUCCGAAUGAUAUCAUGUUCAAGAAGAGAUCGGAUGUUUCCCCCAAUCCUGGCACGCCAAACUUGUUGAACGGCGGCACUUUCCCGGGUCAACCUGCUGGUUUUAACAUGUCCAUACUCAGUAGUAUGGGAUUCUCAAGUGAAGCACAGAUGCUUGCUAUUCAGUUGAUGAUGAGCGGUCUGAUGCAACCGCAACCAGCUGGAGCAGCGAAAGAGAAUACCCCACCACCGUCCCAGCAGCAGCGACAGCAACCUCGAUCGCAGUCACCUGCAGGUGCAUCGUCAAACUGGAGGGCCUCGAGCACUUCGCGGCUCCCUGGGAGCGCGUUGAGAAGCGCUAAGACCGUGCCGAAGAGUGCUGGCUUGAAGAGCGGUGGUUUAAAAAGUGCCGUAUCAGUCAGCAGUGGAAGUGGCGUCACACCGAAGGAGGACGACAUCAACCCGCAGCUCUUAGAAGACGUACCCGCGUGGUUGAAGAGCCUGCGCCUGCACAAGUAUACGUCCUGUUUCGAGGGCAUGAAUUGGAGGGAUAUGGUCGAGUUGAACGAGGCUACCCUUGAAAAGAAGGGUGUGACUGCUUUGGGAGCACGGAGACGGUUGGUAAAGACUUUCGAUGCGGUGAAGAAGAAGAUGGGCAUGGCAAGUCCGACUAGUCUCGGUCCGGCAAGUGCCAGUGCAACCAUUGCAACGUCUUCAGCGUCUUUGCCGAGUGCGACUUUACCUGUUGUUCCACACAGUGCCGCCCCAUGAGAUGUACUGGUUGCAUCCUAGUCAUUUAAAUAAUUAUUCUCAAGCAUCGUGUAUUCAUACCACUUUUCGUCGUUUCUUUAAAUAGCUUUACGUUUACCAUGCAUCUCAAAUGCUGCGAUGAAC